AUGUCCAGCACCGACUUCAUAGCGCCUCGAGGCCUUUCACAUUCUGACGGAAACUAUGCCGCGCAAGAUCAGGUCAUUGAUGACUUGCUCAGAUAUAUAGAGAUUGUUCAGUCACUACCGGAGACUAUAGCGGAGUACCAAGAACGCUUUGGUUUCUCCCUUCUCAUUGUUUCGGAACUCGAUCAGGUCCUUGAAGGUCUCUUUGAGGCAUACACCAGGGUCAAGGGAGAUAGCUGCGAAUGCAGAGAUGCAGUCUACCCUGGCAUUCUACAAGCCGCAGUCCUGAUCUCAGAUUACGCGCGGACUGCCCCCGACACAACCCGCGGAAUCUUUGAACUUGUCAGAGAUCUUGACAAUACUACUGAUGAGGCCAUGGCGCAGCUUCUCAUUGAGCAAAUCGACGACUCCAUCUCCGAGCAAAUCGAGGAAAUUACGGUGUUGGGCGCGGGCUCGAAUGGCUGCUCCGAUUCCCUUCACAAGCUGGAGAGGCGGAUGAAGGAAUCUCAGCAGCUGGUCAAGCAGCGCAGCGAUGACCUUCACGAAGUCAUCGCAACCCUUGUAGAGAUCAUAGAAGACGGCGAAAAGCAGCUUAAGGCUCUACCUGAGAUGGUCGCGCAGACUACAGCGCCGUAUGAGCAAGAUCAGCUUGCGGCGGACGCCGCUCCAUCCUAUAGUCUGCUCGAUUUUUCCCGCGCGAGUAUCAUGUCUGCUAUCACCAGCGUUCGCGGUGCCGCCGCCGCGAAGACCGCCGAUCUCGCGGACGACGUUUGGGCGAUCGUGACGAACGAUGGUGGAGGAUGGGACCCCAUUCUUGCCGAACUUGCAGCCAUGGACGCCGACCUGAAGGCCACCCUUAAUUUGGUGAACACUGCCACCGACGAUGUCGAGCAGAUUAUUGGCGGUUGGACCGCCAUCUCGAGCGACCUCGACAACCUCCGCGACAUGUUCAAGAACGACAUCAAAAGCGCAGACCAGUAUACAGCUGGCCUGAUUGAGAAGAACAUAAUCAGUGACUUGAAGCACCUUGCAGACGAAGUCGCCGAGUACGAAGGAGCUGCUCAUGCGCGCCCUCGGCGGCCCAGUGCGGAUCUUGAUAGGUGA